AUGGCAAGGACUGGACUCCACAUGAUCACAAGAUUCAACCAGUAUACUGAGACAGGGAAAGGAAAUGAAUCCACCACCACAGAUUUCAUCCUCCUGGAUUUCUUCUCUGACUCUCAGCAUCCUGGUUUUCUAGUCGCCAUUGUCCUUCUGAUUCUCAUAGUAGCCAUCACUGGAAACUCUGUCCUGACUUUGCUGAUAUGGGGUGAUACCCACCUCCACACCCCCAUGUACUUCCUUCUCAGCCAGCUUUCCCUCAUGGACCUGACACUCAUGGCCACCACCAUACCGAAAAUGGCCACCAACUUCUUCUCAGGACACAGAGGAAUUUCUAGUAUUGGCUGUGGAAUCCAAAUCUUUCUUUACUUGAUCCUAGGAGUGGCAGAGAGUCUUCUCCUGACCCUCAUGGCUUUUGACCGCUACUUGGCCAUCUGUAGUCCCCUGAGAUAUGCAGGCUUCAUAACUCCCAUUGUCUGUGUGCAAAUGGCUGCCAUCUCAUGGACUGGGGGUGUUCUUGUCUCCCUAAUGCAUACAAUUUAUGUCAUGCAUUUUUCCACCUGUUGCUCCAGGAAAAUUCACCAUUUCUUUUGUGAAAUCAUGGCCCUUUUGAAACUUUCUUGUGAGGAUACGUCCACAUAUGAGAAGGUGGUGUUAGUGUCUGGCAUCAUUUUUAUUCUUAUCCCCUUUGGAUUGAUCUUGAUUUCGUAUAUCCUCAUCUUUCUUGCUGUUCUACGCAUGAACUCCCCUGAGGGUAAGAACAAAGCUCUGGCCACCUGCUCCUCUCAUCUCAGUGUGGUGAGCCUCUACUUUGGUCCAACCAUGAUUAUCUACAUGACUCCAGGUUCCUCUCUCCCUCCAGAGGUGGACCAGUAUCUUUUUGUGUUUGAUGUACUCAUCACUCCCAUGCUGAACCCCCUAAUCUAUAGCCUGAGGAACAAGGAGGUGGUGGAGGCUCUGAGGAAAGUGCUAGGGAGAAGAUUGUUAGUUAAACAGGAAAGAUGA